GAACAUACGCGCGGGCUCUGCCUGGCAGCCUUCCACUGUUGAGCUCGCAGAGCCCUGGGCUCCGCCUCAGAGGCCUGAAAUCGCGUGGGUCCACCGAAGGAAUCUGGACAGCGAGGCAGGUGCUGUCAUAGGACUUCGACGCUUCUCCAAGCUCGGCACGCUCAACGCACAGGUCGUGCAUGGCAGAACCAAGGACAAAAGCUUCAGCUAUGUGGAGGUCAUGAAAGAUCCGCAGAAGCUUCUCCCUGUGGUCACAGCACAUUCCAUCAACUCCGACCAGUUGCCUCGCGAGAAGCAGGUUGGCUAUGAUGCAAGGUGCCCUACCCUGGAGCCCCAGGCGGGAUGGGUGGUGCAAAAGGAGAUGGCCUAUUUGAUUCGGGUCGCCUCAGAUGAUGUCGCUGUGCUCAUCGGCGAGUGGGCCGGUUUUCGAUCCGGCCGUCCGGCGCGAGGCAAGAAGCGACGAGGCUCCAAGACACCAGUCGGAUCGCCUGGACAACUGCUUCUGAGACUCUUCACUCUGAAGAAUUACUCAGAGACCGAGGUGGAGGUGCGAAGCUCUUCAGCAGCUGAGCCCUCAACCUACUGCUUCCCCUUAGCUGGGCUCAUGCUUCCGAGAUGCAAUGACACCCUGCAGAUUGACGUGGCGGCCGGAAAGGUUUCUGGCUUCACAAACACGAUCUCCAUGGCGGUCGGUUAUGGCUUUGCACUGGCCAUUGCAGCUUUGCAUGUUGGCCUGCAGCCACGGCUCCGGCCGCCCACCGGCAGGUCAGCUCCAACAAUGCCAGGGGCCACCAGCCUCUACCCAGCCUGGACGGUGCAGCAGCGGAACUAUUCUUUGUUGAUGGCAGCUGGUGGGGAGAUCCAUCCAGCCUCAGCGCAUCGAUGUGGCGUUGCACUACGCCGGGGAACGGAUACCUCCACGCCGUUUGAUGCCGGCGGCGUGUACAUCGAUGACGUGGAUACGCUCUACUACUUUGGUGCGGGACAAAUCCAUGUGUUCGAACACCCUCAUGAUGACUGGGGAGAUGGGGAUGCUGGUGCUCAUGGUGAUCAUGGCGGUCAUGACGGUCAUGAUGGUGGUGGAGACCAUGGCGACGGCGAUGCGGGUGGGUGCGGCAGUUGUGGGGGGUGCGGAGGCUGCGGUGGCUGUGGCGGCUGA